UAGUGGAAAGAUCCCCCUAUGUAUUUUCAAAGCAAAGCAGUAGCACUUACAGUGGUUCAGUGCCUUUCCCAGGACGCUAUAUCCUGUGGAAAAAAAAAGUCUAAUAAUAGUUUUGAGAUGGGCAGGACUCCAUGCUGUGACCAGAAAGGACUUCGGAAAGGUGGUUGGACUGCCGAAGAAGAUCAGAUACUCCUCUCUUACAUCAAACAACACGGCGAAGGUGGCUGGCGUCACUUGCCCCAGAAAGCUGGUCUUUCGAGAUGUGGCAAGAGCUGUAGACUGAGAUGGGCUAAUUAUCUGAGGCCAGGUAUUAAGAGAGGAGAAUUCACCCCUGAGGAAGAACAGACCAUUAUUCGACUCCAUGCAAUUCUUGGCAACAGGUGGUCCAUCAUAUCAAGACAUUUGUAUAGACGAACCGAUAACGAAGUAAAAAAUUAUUGGAACACACGGUUGAAAAGAAGAGGAAAAACUGAAGUCAUUAGCAAGGAUUCUCCAGUCCAACAUAAAAAUGAUGAUGAUGAUAAUAAUAAUAAUCCAGAUGGAAUUAUUAUUAUUAAUUCGGUCAACUCUAAAGAAAACACCACAAGUACGGCUAAUAGUGACACUCUUUCCGGCACUAGUACUUACCACAAUGUGACCAAAGAGGCAUCAUCAUCGUCACCAUCUUCUUCUGCUGAUUAUGUACUCAACAAAGUGCCCCAAAAUCUCAUGGCCCCAAUUACUACUACUUCACAAUGUUUACCCAGCACAAGUACCUCCUUAGACACUGAAAUUUUGUUGUCAAAUUCGUUACAAAUUGAGAAAGGUACUAUUGAUACUAGUAUUAUUAGUACUACUACAAAGGCUUGUGAUGAUCAUCAAAAAGAAUCUAGAACAACAAGUUCUAAAGCCUCAGCUUCCAGGGCACUACUCAACAAGGUUGCUUCUAAACUCGCUCAGAUAAAUCUCGGUAGAAUCAUCGGGAACGGCGGCUGCAUUGGUGGUGGAGAUAAGGUUGAACAUAGUAUUAUGGAGUGCUACUCUUCUCCCGAUUUUAGUUGCACACCAAGUGUUGAUGACAAUAUUGCUACUUAUAAUGUUGAAGAUCUUUUGGAGGAAGUAGAGUGCCAACAAGGCCUGGAAAUACUUCAUUUUGACGACCCUAUUAGUACCACUACUAAUACUCUUCAGGCUCAAGAUAAUUUUCUCGUGGAUACUACCAUGACAAUCAAUUAUAAUUAUUAUGGCCAUGCAAAGGAUGGAGUUGAUAGUGCUAAUAUUUCGCUUGAUGAGCAAUCGCUCACAAAUAAUUUUUCAACUGAUUGUUUCCAAGAUCUCUUAGAUAUAUGUAAUGGUUUAUAGUCUGUGUUUAGAAAAAGGAGAAAAGUAUAAUAUUCUAUAACAAUAAUUGAAAAGGUUUAUUAAUUGUGUUUCUUUCUA